AUGGCACCUCGCAUCGAGGCUCAGGAGAUCGAAACGUAUUGGAACAUAUUCACAACCAGGACCAAUGGCGGCAAAUACUUAACGGGCGAGCAAGCGGCGCCGCUACUGAAGAACAGUGGGUUACGGGACGACCAGCUUGAGCGUGUAUGGGAUGUAGCCGAUGUAGACAACGAUGGUAAUCUCGACUUUGAGGAGUUCUGUGUGGCUAUGCGCAUCAUCUUUGACAUAGUGAAUGGUGAAUAUGCCGAUGUGCCAGCGACGCUACCAGACUGGCUCGUCCCCGAAUCUAAAGCCCAUCUCGUCCAGGCCAACCGCGCCCUCACAGGCAAGCAGGCGCAGUUCGAACAAGUUGACGACGACUCGGAUACCCCGGGGCUCAAGGAUGGCUUCGAUUGGUAUAUGAACCCUCAGGAUAAAGCCAAGUAUGAAUCGAUAUACCAGGAGAGUCGAGACAUGCGAGGAGAAGUGGCCUUUAACUCCCUCGAGGACUUGUACGAAUCCCUCGACGUGCCCGACACCGAUAUCCGAUCAGCGUGGAACUUAAUCAACCCCUCGGCCUCGUCCACCGUCAACAAGGAUGCCUGUCUUGCCUUCCUCCACAUCCUCAAUAAUCGACACGAAGGCUACCGGAUCCCGCGCACGGUGCCCGCGUCCCUACGCUCCUCCUUUGAGCGCAACCAAAUCGACUACCAGGUCGAUAGCGCUCGCAACAACCCCGCCGCCUCGCGCUGGGCCGCUCGCGCCGACGAAAACACGUCGACCGGCCGCAAGGCCAAGUUCGGCGAUCAAUACCUAACGCGCCUCGGCCGCGGCGGCUUCAAGGCCGCGGGCACGGACUUCAGCUCCGCCCAGAGCGACGAGCAGUGGGAGGAAGUACGGCUAAAGAAGCAACUACAGGAGAUCGAGGACCGCAUGGCGAAGGUAGAAGCCGAUGCGAAUGCUCGUCGGGGUGGCGGAAAGCGGGAUACCAAACCUGCUCUCGUCAAGCGCGAGCUCGAGCAACUGCUCGACUACAAGCGUCGCGAAUUGAGAGAUAUAGAAGAGGGCAAGGGGAAGGCGAAGACGGGGAGCAAUCUUCGUGUUGUUGAGGACGAUUUGCAGACGGUGCGGGCGCAGAUCGAGGGCUUGGAGACGCAUCUCUCGAGCCGGAUGCAGGUUUUGGACCAGUUGAGGAGGGAGAUUGAGGAUGAGAAGGCGGGGAGGUAG